AUGUCUCCUCCGGCGUCCAAGGGGCGAUCACCCGCCUCUAUCGUGUUGAACAGCAACCGACUUGUUUGUGCGGCGGAGGGCCCUCGGCACACCAGCAGCGGGGGCUACGCAGGCGCUUUCCUGAGCUCGUCCUGCGUAGAUGAUGUCUUUUCCAUCGAGAAGUUCAGUGAGAAGACGUCGAUUAAGUUCCUGUCCGCGUCUCCAGAGCGCGUCGUCUUCGAACUCAAGGGAGUAGACGUGGCCAUUCCAAACGCACUGCGUCGAAUCCUCAUUAGCGAGGUCCCUACAGUUGCCAUUGAGACCGUUCAAAUAUGGCAGAACACAGGGGUUGUACAGGACGAAGUUCUCGCCCAUAGGCUGGGUCUGAUUCCCUUCGUCGUGGACCCAACAGCGCUCAAUUACCGACAACCCAAUCAGGACUUUACAGACGAAAACGCCCUCCGCGUUUCUCUGCACGUCAAAUGCACGGAACAGAGUCUGGGCCCUCAUCAGACAAGUUUACCAGUGUACGCUAAAGACAUAAAAUGGGAGCCGAUGUCCCCCAGUCAGAAAGAAGCCUUUGCGGCGAGUCCUCCCCGUGCGGUGCAUCCCGAUAUCCUGAUCACAAAACUCCGGCCAGGACAGGAAAUCGAAUUGAAGGCGUAUUUGGAAAAGGGUGUGGGGAAGACUCACGCGAAGUGGUCGCCCGUAUGCACUGCCGUGUACCGCCUUGAACCAGAAAUCGUCUUUAAAGAACCAAUUCAGGGAGAGGAGGCUACAGAAUUGUGCAGUCUGUGCCCUAUGGGCGUCUUUGAUAUUGAGGACACAACUGGCGAGGCCUACGCUCGGUAUCCCCGCAACUGUACGACAUGCCGCGCUUGCAUUGAGCGGUUCCCGAAUAAAGUUGAACUACGGAAAAUUAAAGACCGCUUCAUUUUUUCCGUCGAAUCUUCUGGCGCCGUCCCCGCUCCGCUUCUUUUCAAGAUGGCCAUUGAGAUUCUGAAAGAGAAAGCGCUCACAUUCCGCCAGAUAAUCGACGCAAAGCUUGCUGCGGACCUCUGA